CGGUAAUCACUAAGAGUUGUCAAGUAAACAAAGACAACAUGGAGGACACAACUGAUAACCCGAGUUCUCGAAAGUUACCUCCAAUAUCACCCCGCUCUCUUCCUUUAAUAAAACCACCCCGUUCGACAUCCAAGGGCAAAGUGAAUGAAAGUUUUACAAAAUCACCAUCUUUGAAAGAGAAACCAACUCCCUCACCACGCAGAAAUAGCCGCCAAUUGCCUCCUUUGCAGACUUCAAACGAAAGUAUCCCUGAAACAGCAACUAAGAAGAAAAGGAAGAAAAAAGCUGUUAAUGGUUCUCAAAGUUCAUCUGGUGAAACAUUACAAACCGAACAAGAAAUCAAUAAUGGCAGUCAGACUAGUGUUGUUCCCAAGAAAAAGAAGAAAAAGAAAAAACAAGAAGAGAUGCAGUUGUCAAGUACCCUCUUAAAUUACCUGGGUGGCAUGGAAGAAGAUGUUGUUGAAAAUAAAGAACCAGCCGAUGAAAUGGUUCAGCCUGUAAAAAGUGCCAUCAUCACAAGUCAACCUGUUGAUAAGUUAUUUAUUGAAACUAAAAGGAGUUUCAAGACUGAAGUUAAGAGCAAACUUAGUGCAGAUAAAACAAAAGAAAAGCUGAAAUUGGAACAAUAUGGUGAUGGUUUUGUUAUAAUGCCACAAACCUCCUUAGAAUUUGCUAUUAAAACUCAUCGUCUGUGGCAGACUUUCUGUUUGUUCUUCCAUGGCCUCACUGCAGGUAUUGCUCUGUGGCAGGUUGUCAUUGUAUAUGUAUUUGAAAAUAACCAUCAACAGGACUUUGUAGAGAGUUACAAAAUAAUGGCUUUACCUGUUCAAAGUUUAUUCUAUGGCUUGUUAGUUAUCUGCUUGGUUUCUGCAUGUGACAGAUAUGAUAUCAGUAACAUCAACAUGAAAUUCAUGUUGGAUGCUGUGACUCUCAAGUCUGGAGCACUUUCAGUUGUCAUCUACUUCAUCUGUAUUGUGAUGCACGUGAGUGUUGUGCACAUUGAUGACAAGAUGUUUCUGUACAACACUACUUCUCUCUUCAACAACACACAAGAAUUUUCAGAGGAUCUUGCAACCUGGAAGAUCAUCAACCUACUCCGAAGUGUGGCCGUCAUACUAGCGUGGCUUUUGCUGUCCAUUUUCCCCAAUACUGACCGUCUGGCCAAGAAUCUAUCAGAAAGUGUUGGCAACAUUCUUGGUCAACACACAAGAACUCAGAAUAUUUCUACAAUUUCCUAAAAAUACAUCAGCAUUAUUAUCAUUGACAAGGUGCAAAUGAGCAGAAUUGUUACCAUUCUAAACAAAAUGUUUCGUGGCAUUUCUUCCAACACUUUAUGUUCUAUGUUCAAAUUCUACUGAGGUCAACUUUGCCUUUAAUCUUUUUUGGGAUCAAUACAAAUAAGUACCAGUUAUGCGCUGGUUUGAUGUAACCAACUUCCUUCCUCCUUCCCUCAAAAUUACUAGCCUUGUGCCUAUAGUAGAAAGAAUUAUUAUUAUUAUUAUUAUUGUGCGGGUGGCACAUAAAAGACACCAUUUCGAGCGUGGCCGUUUUCGUGCGGGUGACACGUAAAAGCACCCACUACACUCUCUGAGUGGUUGGCGUUAGGAAGGGCAUCCAGCUGUAGAAACUCUGCCAAAUCAGACUGGAGCCUGGUGUUGCCAUCCGGUUUCACCAGUCCUCAGUCAAAUCGUCCAACCCAUGCUAGCAUGGAAAGCGGACGUUAAACGAUGAUGAUGAUUAUUAUUAUUAUUGUUAUUGAUGACUGACUUAAUGUCUUUUAUCAAAACACCCAUAUCUUUUUAUUUUAAAAAUCUAUUUAUGAUAAAAUUCGUGGUUGUAGGGUUAUAUAUGUUUGUAAAAUCCACUGAGGUUAUAAAUUCACCUUUUGAUCAAAUGGGUUUUUUUAUGUUACUUUACUACUGAGGCUCAGCUAAUCAAACACUCAAUGUUGGCAAGUCAAAAUAGGAUAUUUAUUCAAGUAUAAUAUGCAGUGAGGAGCAAUCUUGUGAUUUUAGUCACUUAUUCACCAUGGAAACCAGGUAACCAGCCUUAUGAUUUCCAGGGCUGAAGAGAAAUUUAUAAAAACAAUAUUCUACAAGAAAGAUAUUUUUUCUAGCAUUUUAUUGAUCAUAAUCAAGGGUGUGCAUUAUACACAAGUGCAUCACCAUCAUCAUCAUUUAACAUCUGUUUUCCAUGCUGGCAUGGGUUGGAUGGUUUGACAGGAGUUGGCAAGGCCAGGUGCCUCACCAGGCUCCACUGUCUACUUUGGCAUGGUUUCCACAGUUGGAUGCCUCUCCUAACACCAACCACUUUACAGAGUGUGGCCUGGGUGCUUUUUAUGUGGCCCCAGCACCAACAAGUGCAUAUUAUACACAAUUAUAGUGCUACAAAACAUGUUUGUUUCUGUUUUAGCAUGUAUCUUGUGUUAUGUGAGGGCUGUUUGUUUUAUUGUAGCAACCAAGAUGUUGCUCUUGUUGAUGCAUUACUUGGUCUAACAUUGGAGGGUCAGGGUUAUCUGGGUUCAGAAAGACUGGUUUUCUGAGAUGGAGAAUGGUAAUAGGAGGUGGAGUAGGAACUCAGAAUAUAAAGAAUCAAAACAGAUAUCAUUAAUCAUUUUGUCUGCUGCUUUGCUUUGAGAUCUGUUCUUGUCUGAUCCAUUCACUGUUUCACUUUUCUACUAACUUGGAAUGGUACUUUAAUUGACCCACGAAAAGAAAGAAAAAAAAAAUGAAAGGCAAAGUUGACCUCCCCUGGAUUUGAACUCAGAUCACGGGUAACCAGAAUAAAUACUGAAGUCAUUCUCUCUCUCUGAUGCUCUAACAAUUUGUCACAAUUUACUACUUUAAUACAAAAAGAAAAAAAAAAAAAACUAAACAAACUGUUUUUACAAACCAAUUAAAAAAAUAUCAGACUGUUUCCACUCA